GAUAUGGCUGGGUUGUGUUGACCAAAGUACUGGUGGUUUUUCUCGGAUAAAAUCAAGCACAGAUUAAAUUCAUCCUGUCGGCAAGGCCCAACUGCUUGGCUGCGUCCGCAAUGCAACGGUUCCUGCAUACUAGUCCAUCUCGCUAAGCGACGUUAGUAUCGCUUCAAUGAAGCCAUCUCCAGGGGCCAAGACCCCACCAACAUAUUAAGGAACCAUUGUUGCCGACUCUUCUAAUUUCCAAAUUCCGGCCCAUCAACUUAUCCCUUUUGCAUUUCGCUCCCACCACGACGACUAGCAUGGGUCCCCUGCCUCGAGGUUGGCUUCGCCUGGCCCUCUCUCUAUGCCUCGCUUGCGGUUGGGCCUCUAUUACUCCAGGGGUUGCGGAAGUCGACUUGAUCUUUCCGCGCAAUGGGAGCUAUCCUCCCUCCACGCUGACCCCGAUCAUAUUCGCCAUCCAAAAUCCUAGUCUUCUGUCAAGCGUCCAUCCUCGAAUUCGAUAUUACAUCGACCAAGUAAAUGUCAACAGCAGUGAAGCGGUCUCUUACUCAGGUAUCAUCGAAUUGGAGAAGGGUAAUUUUACCGGAAGCGAUCCAUCCUUCCUCUAUUGGAGCACCAGCAAGUUUAAUAUUGAGGGGACAUUCGAGAUCAUCUGGGCUCUUGAUAUGUAUAACUGCUCGCGUGAACCGGCGAGUACAGAUUUCACGCUUGGAUAUCUGGGUGGACACGGCGCGAGGUCUUUCUUCUCUACUAAGAAUGGCACUUCGCCACCGGACUUUGUCGCCGCAACCGAGGAUGGUACCUGUGAAGAAUCCCUGGCUCAGGCCAUACAUGUCCCGGAGCUUUUGAAAGUUCCAUCCGGGCAAAUCUGGGGCAGCCCAACACGAGCAACAGACUGGUACGCUCCAAAGCCCACCUGGCGCGGUUCUUCCUGCGCAGUCACUGCGGAUUGGGUGCCGACUGCUAGUCCUUGUAACGUCAAGAUUGACUCCUCAGCUGCCACAAGUAUUUCGGCGGCCUUGACCGCUACUGCCUGCGCCAACCCGCGCCGCCGCACAGGGCUGAGCUGCCCAACCCCAUCGUCUGAAAAUGCGGCCCCUGUGGGGCCAUCACACGUCGAGAGGCCAUGGAUAUUAGUGAUGGGUUUGCUGCUCGCUUACGGUCUCGCGUGAAUGAGGUCAGCUAUCUCUGUGGUACAGGCUUUUGACAGACCAUUUCGUUGUAUGCUAGUGCUUUGAGAUUUUCCGUAAUAGGAUAUUGUUGCGCGGGUACUUCGUCCCAUUCGAUGCACCAGUAGCUAUCGAUUCGGUAGAGGCAUAU